AUGAAGUGGGUCACCUUUAUUUCUCUUCUCUUUCUUUUCAGCUCUGCUUCUGCCAGGGGUCUGGUUCGCCGAGAAGUCCACAAGAGUGAGAUUGCACAUCGGUACAAUGAUUUAGGAGAAGACGUUUUCAAAGGCCUAGUUCUUGUUGCCUUUGCUCAGUAUCUCCAGAAGUGCCCAUUUGAAGAUCAUGUCAAAUUAGUGACCGAAGUGACAGACUUUGCAAAAGGAUGUGCUCAAAAUGAGGACGGUGAAAAUUGUGGCAAAUCAAUUCAUACUCUCUUUGGAGAUAAAUUAUGUUCAAUUGAUUCACUUAAAGAAAAGUAUGGUGAAUUGGCUGACUGUUGUGGGAAACAAGAACCUGAGAGAAAUGAAUGUUUCCUAAAACACAAAGAUGAUAAUCCAGGCCUCCCUCCAAUUUCAAGACCAUCUGCUGAGGUCAUGUGUGCAGCAUUUAAGGAAAACGAGAACAAAUUUUUUGGACAGUACUUAUAUGAAGUUGCCAGAAGACACCCUUACUUUUAUGCCCCAGAACUCCUUUACUUUGGCCAGAAGUAUAAAGCAGCAUUCACAGAGUGCUGCCAAGCUGAAGAUAAAGAUGCCUGCCUGACCCCAAAGCUUGAUGCUAUGAAAGAAAAGGGGAUGAAAUCAUCUGCCCAACAGAGGCUAAAGUGUGCCAAUAUCCAGAAGUUUGGAGAGAGAGCUUUCAAAGCAUGGGCUGUAGCUCGUAUGAGCCAGAAAUUUCCCAAAGCUGAGUUCGCAGAAGUUUCUAAGUUAGUGACAGAUCUGACCAAAAUCCACGUGGAAUGCUGCCAUGGUGACCUGCUUGAAUGUGCAGAUGACAGGGCAGAUCUGGCCAAGUAUAUUUGUGACAAUCAAGACUCAAUCUCUACUAAAGUGAAGGAUUGCUGUGAUAAGUCUGUGCUUGAAAAAUCCCACUGCAUUGCGGAGGUCGAUCAUGACGAUUUGCCUACUGACCUGACCCCGAUUGAGCACGAUUUUGUUGAGGACAAGGAGGUGUGCAAGAACUAUGCUGAGGCAAAAGAUGUCUUCCUGGGCACGUUUUUAUAUGAAUAUUCAAGGAGGCAUCCCGAGUACUCUACCUUUUUGUUGUUGAGAAUUGCCAAGGCGUAUGAAGCCACACUAGAGAAGUGCUGUGCGUCUGCUGAUCCUCCUGCAUGCUAUGGCAAAGUGCUUGAAGAACUUAAACCCCUUGUUGACGAGCCUCAGAAAUUAGUUGCUGAAAACUGUGCACUUUUUGAACAACAUGGAGAGUAUGGCUUUCAGAAUAUGCUCUUAGUUCGUUACACCAGGAAAGUCCCACAAGUAUCAACUCCAACUCUUGUGGAGGUUGCAAGAAAUCUAGGAAAAGUGGGAACCAAAUGCUGCAAAAAGGAUGAUGCCCACAAAAUGUCCUGUGCUGAAGAUUAUCUCUCUCUGGUUCUGAACCGGCUCUGCGUGCUCCAUGAAAAGACACCAGUGAGUGAAAGGGUCACCAAAUGCUGCACAGAGUCCUUGGUGAACAGGCGGCCAUGCUUCUCUGCUCUAGAAGUUGAUGAAACAUAUGUCCCCAAAGACUUCAGUGCAGAAACAUUCACUUUCCAUGCUGAUUUGUGCACUCUUCCAGAGGACCAGAAACAAAUCAAGAAACAAACUGUGCUUGCUGAGCUGGUGAAACACAAGCCCAAGGCAACAGAUGAUCAACUGAAAACAGUGACAGGCGAUUUCACCACUAUGGUGGGGAAGUGCUGCACAGCUGAUGACAAAGAGGCCUGCUUUGCCGAGGAGGGUCCAAAACUUGUUGCUGCAGCUCAAGCUGCCUUAGCCUAA